UGAACUAACGUCACAGUUAAAGAGAAAGGUCUGUUACUUGGUCAGCUAAAAACUAUUGAAAUGCAAAGGCAGUGAUAGCUAUUUUAUGUCAAAUGUUAUCGGUUCAGCAUACCGAUAUUCAAAACUGCGGUCUAACGACGCCGAUAGGCCAGCUAGAAGCCACUUUGGGGACGCUCUGCCAGUCGGACUGACAACAAACGGGAUGAUCUCAGACUGGGGGUCCGAUCAGUGAGAAGUCCCUGUGACUGUGAAUGUGUCUGUGAGGUACAUUAGGAUGAGCGGGCUCCACUCUAUCGCUGCCUGCGGGGACUGAGAGACACCGCUCUAUACACAGCAGUCGAUGCGGUCUUCCACCGCAUCACCCGUGGCUGAGAAUCCAGCAUGUCUCGCGUCUCCACCACCGCCAAGCGCUACACCGGCUCCUCCUAUACCAGUACCUAUAGUUCCUAUGGCUCCUCCCUGACGCCAUCCUCCCUCAGCUCCUACACCUCCGACCGGGACAGGCUGCCCUCCUACAGGAGCAACGCUGCCUCCUCCUCGGGCUACUCCUCCUCCAGCUACCUGAGCAGCGCCGCCAGCCGUGCCCGCAACUACAGCACCUCCUUGGAGCUCGACCGUGGCCGGCCCAUCCCCCGCACUGACCUCCUGAGCAGCAGCAGCCGGCGCAGCGAGAGCCUGAGCCGCACCCCGGUGAAGACCUAUGGCUCGUCGGGCCUGAGCGGCGGCUCCGGUUACACUGGCUACAGCAGCUACUCCUCGUCCACCACGCCCAGCCGCUCCAGCUACCUCUCCUCGUCGCCUGGCACCUCCAGCAUCUCCCUCAGCCGCCGGAGGUCGUCGAGCCAGAGUGACCUGACGCGGGACCUGUCGUCCCUGGGCCUCAACGAGCCCACAUCCCCUUCCUCCUCCUCCUCCUCGAGCGCCCUGAGGGGUUACCGGAGCAGGGCCAGCGAUGUGGCCGACUCCUACAACAGCAGCCUGCAGAGCUCCAGCUAUGGCCUGUCCCACAGCGCCACGCAGGAGGCCUUAAGCAGCAGCAGCCUGAAGAGCGGUGGUGGUAGCCGCUUCACCUCCUCCUACGAGAGGAGCGACAGCAGCAACGGACGACCCAGCUCCCCCACCAGGGACUCCCCGAACUCCAAGAGUGCCCAGGGCCUGGUGGGCCUACGGAACCUGGGAAAUACCUGCUUCAUGAACUCCAUCCUGCAGUGUCUCAGCAACACGCACAACCUCCGGGACUACUGCCUCCACAACUCCCACCGACGCGACCUUAACAAAAACAGCCGCACCAACACUGGGGCGCUCAUGGAGGAAUUUGCCAAGCUCCUCCAGACCAUGUGGACGUCGUCGAGCAGCGAGGCGGUCGGCCCGUCAGAGUUCAAAACUCAGAUCCAGAGAUACGCCCCCCGAUUUGUGGGAUACAACCAACAGGACGCCCAAGAGUUCCUGCGCUUCCUGCUGGACGGGCUGCACAACGAGGUAAACCGGGUCACGGUGCGGCCGCGGGGCAGCUCAGAGGACUUUGACCACUUGCCUGACCGGGAGAAAGGGGAUAGAAUGUGGAGCAAGUACCUGGAGAGAGAGGACAGUAAAAUAGUGGACCUGUUUGUGGGUCAGCUGAAGAGCUCGUUGACAUGCAGCACGUGUGGCUACUGCUCCACUGUCUUUGACCCUUUCUGGGAUCUCUCUCUACCCAUCGCCAAGGGCUACGGAGAAGUGAGUCUGAUGGACUGCAUGAGUCUCUUCACCAAAGAGGAUGUGCUCGAGGGCGAUGAAAAACCAACGUGCUACAGGUGUAAAGCCAGAAGAAGAUGCACAAAGAAGUUCACUGUACAGAAAUUCCCCAAGAUCUUAGUGCUUCAUCUGAAACGCUUCUCUGAAGCGCGGAGAACCAGCAAACUGUCCACAUUUGUCAACUUCCCCAUGGAGAAACUGGACCUCAGGGAGUUUGCCUCGGAAAACAGCAUAAAUGCAGUUUAUAACCUGUACGCAGUGUCCAAUCACUCAGGCACGACCAUGGGUGGCCACUACACAGCGUACUGUCGCAACCCCACCUCGGGAGAAUGGUACACGUUCAAUGACUCCAGAGUAACGCCAAUGUCCUCCAGCCAAGUGCGCAGCAGUGACGCCUACGUGCUGUUCUACGAGCUGGCCUCCUCCUCGCGGAUGUGAGGGCCUCCUGGAGGAGGAGGGCACUGCAGACGGAGGGAGGGAGGAAGAGGAGGGCAAAGCCAGGUCCAUUAGGACUAAUCACAUCCACAACAGAGAGAGGCUACUACUUCCCCAACUUCAUCCACAACAGAGAGAGGCUACUACUUCCCCCUUCCCCAACUUCAUCCACAACAGAGAGAAGCUACUACUUCCCUCUUCCCCAACUUCAUCCACAACAGAGAGAAGCUACUACUUCCCCCUUCCCCAACUUCAUCCACAACAGAGAGAAGCUACUACUUCCCUCUUCCCCAACUUCAUCCACAACAGAGAGAAGCUACUACUUCCCUCUUCCCCAACUUCAUCCACAACAGAGAGAAGCUACUACUUCCCCCUUCCCCAACUUCAUCCACAACAGAGAGAAGCUACUACUUCCCUCUUCCCCAACUUCAUCCACAACAGAGAAGCUACUACUUCCCCCUUCCCCAACUUCAUCCACAACAGAGAGAAGCUACUACUUCCCUCUUCCCCAACUUCAUCCACAACAGAGAGAAGCUACUACUUCCCCCUUCCCCAACUUCAUCCACAACAGAGAGAAGCUACUACUUCCCCCUUCCCCAACUUCAUCCACAACAGAGAGAAGCUACUACUUCCCUCUUCCCCAACUUCAUCCACAACAGAGAGAAGCUACUACUACCCUCUUCCCCAACUUCAUCCACAACAGAGAGAGGUUUCUUCAACUGCUGGAUGUCCACCCUCAGACUAUGGAAACACUACAGGAAUCUGUCAUAUUUGCUGUUGUCGUUCAACCCAGCCCUCCUCACUUCACUCCCUCUCUCUUCUCUCUGCUGUCUCUCUCUCUCCCUCUCUCUUCUCUCUGCUUCCUCUCUCUCUCUCUCUCUCUGCUCUUGGGGAGCAGGGUGGUCAGAGGAGUUGGCCUGUGCGUUUGUGUGAGCGUGUGUGUCUCAGAGAGUGUGUGUGUGUGUGUGUGUGUGUUAUCACAGGAGACCCUCUCCAGGCAAUAAAAACCAAGCGUCUCCUUCUCCGAAGUCCCUCUCUCUAUGCACUGCAACAAAUCAAACUCUCGUCCCGACUGCGCCUUCUUCUCUUCUUCUUGUUCGAGAUCGCCUCAAUAUUAAAAAAGACAUUGUUUCAAUUUA